CGUGACUUUCUACGUCUGUGUGCGUCAACUCUGUAUCCAGCCAUACGAAAGUUUACAAUCUUUUUUUCAUUACGUACAGCCUUGGCAGUAAUUCUGCGGCAAUUUACGAAGCAGUUUCCAACAAUUUACUGUUCGUCUCGCACGUUCCUCGCUAAAUUACUCAUCAAUUCAUUCAGUUUACAUGAACACACGGAACCGGCUGUCUUAACCUGAAAAUGGCUGGAAAACCUGUUAAAAGGGCACCUAAGAAAAAGGGAGCCAACGGUUAUAAACUGCCCGAACCUAUUCCACGUGGAGAAAUAUUGACAGACAUGUCGAAGAAGCAAUGGGUCAUCGGUACCUCCAUUGGAACCGGUGGAUUCGGAGAAAUUUACUCCGCUGCUCCAUACAACAGUAAACAGACAAGUGAAUAUCCAGCCGUUGUCAAAAUAGAACCACACGAAAAUGGACCGCUCUUUGUUGAAAUGCAUUUCUAUAUGCGUAAUGCGAAACCAGCAGACAUUGAUGCUUGGAAGAAGAAGAGGAAACUUACCACGCUUGGAAUGCCACGUUACGUUGGGUCUGGAAGUCAUGAAUAUAAUAACACUAAAUAUCGAUUCGUGGUAAUGGAUCGCUACGGUACAGAUUUGUGGAAAUUGUUCCUUGAAAAUGGACGUAGAUUUCCAGAACAUACAGUUUAUAGAAUAGCACGACAAAUAAUAGACAUUCUACAGUACAUUCAUGAGAGGAGUUAUGUUCAUGCCGACAUCAAAGGAGGAAAUUUACUGCUCGACACUAAAUCCCAGAACCAGGUUUACUUAGUAGACUUUGGUCUAGCAUCUCAUUACACAACCAAAACAGAAUAUAAAUUGGAUCCGAAGAAAGCUCAUAAUGGAACGAUCGAAUACACCAGCAGGGAUGCUCACAUGGGCGUUGCAACAAUGCGGGGAGAUAUGGAGAUCCUGGGAUUUAAUAUGAUCCAAUGGCUCUGUGGGGCCCUUCCCUGGGAAAAGGAUUUGAGCGACCCAAUUAUAGUGCAACAGCACAAAGAAAAAGCAUUCAAGAACAUCCAAGCCUUCCUGAAGGAAUGUUUCAAAGAGUCACCACCAGAGCCCGUUACUCAAUACAUGUCAAUAUUAGCCUCCAUGAAAUUCGACGACGUGCCCGAUUACGAUAAGUUCAGGAAAGUACUUUCAAAUGGCCUGCAGAAGCUGAACAAAAAGGCAGAGGGCAAAUUAGAAUUCGAGGCGGUUAAGUCUGGGAAAGAACAAAGGAAAGUCGUGAAACCCGUUGCUGGAAAGAACCGAAAAAGCCCCAGAGGUGCUAAGAGAGAUCCAAGUCCAGUUUCCUCGCCUCGUCAGGUUGAUAACAGUCAACAAUCUAUUGUUACUACUCGACGAGGCAAUGCUGAAGACAUGCGACAGAUUUUGGACGACUAUGAGUCUCUAGACGCCAGUACGGAGUAUGAGCUCAGAGUUAUCCGGAAACCAAACAGGAAACGACACUCGGACACGAAAGAUUCGGACAGUGAUAACGCUGUAGGGAACGUCAGGCCACAGAGGACAAGAAAGAAACCGAAAGAAUUAGUGCAACGCGUAGCUGAAAGUAAAAAAGUCAGGAAUUCAAGUGACGAAGCCGAUGAGAAAGAGAUAAAUAUCGACUCAUCGUGCGAGGAACUGAAUGAUUCCGUGGCAGAUAUUUUCUCCGAUAGCAGUGAUAUUUACACGCCAUCCAAAUCAAGAAAACAGAGAGCAGUUGUUCCCAAGAAAGAUGUAAAGACGUCGAACAGAAGACUCAGAACCGUUGCGAAGAAAUAGUUAUUGCUGAGCUCCCAAAAACGAGCUUAUUCGAGAAAGAGAAGUUAAAUGCAGCUUUUUAAGGGAAAUGCAUUUGUCGGAUUUGUACAAUUAAUGUUGUCUGAAAGGGUCAUUCUGUAUGUAUGAAACGUGAAAAUAUUUAUAUAGCUUUUCUCCAAAGUGGCUGCACCGA